GCAGCGGCCGACGCGCUUCGGCAGGCCCUGGGCGCGCGCGCCGAGGCCGACGGGGCGCCCCCGCGCGACCUGGGCCUGCUCGGGGGCAGGCUCGACGACAGCAUCGCGCAGGUGCUGGCGGGCACCCGUAGGCGCCUCGAGAUCUUCGAGGACCGGGUCGCGCAGCAGGUCGCCGCGGCGCUGCGCCAGGGCGGCCGCGCGCAGGAAAGCGCGCUGGGGCUCCUCGAGGAGAAGGUGCGGGUGCUGGAGGACAAGCAGCCCAGGUUCGAGCGCAGGCUGCAGGAGGUCACCGGCAGCCUGAAGGCCCUGACCGAAGAGCGGCGGCAGCAGGCGCGGCACGAGGAGCAGAUAGAGGACCGCUUCUGGCAGUGGCGGCGGACCCUGGAGGAGGAGGUCUACCAGAGGUGCGCCACUUGCGAGAAGGAGCCCCGUGCGCGC